AUGUUUACCAUCCGCUGUAUCUUGAUAUCUGUUAAAUUUGGCACACAUAUCAUCCAGCCUAUUCAACUCUGCAUGCAUAACGGUCGUGCUCCUCGAGAGACAUUAAUCCUCGAGAACCAGCUACGCAAGAUCGCUCUUUACGGAGUGUUUGACACACUUCAAAAAUUGACAGCAACAACAAUGGCACUGCUCUUUGCGACAGCCAACCCAAUCAUUUUAUCUGGUCUGUUCACUGCUAAAUCCAUAGGGCCCGUGUCCUCUGUGGACUGA